AUGGCGGCGGAGCAGAGAAAGCUUCUAGAGCAACUCAUGGGAGGCGGCGUCGCCGCACGCCCUGCCCAAGUCUCUCUCACCGACUCCAAGGUUUGCCGGUCCUACGUCGCCGGCACAUGCCCUCACGACCUUUUCACAAACACACGACAAGACCUCGGCCCUUGCCCAAAAGUACACUCGGAGGCGCUCAAGGUGGAAUACGAGGCACUACCGGAAAAGGAGCGACAAAAGCUAGGCUUUGAGUACGACUACAUGCGGGAUCUGCAAAAAUACAUCGACGAGUGCAACAGGCGGAUAGAUGCAGCGCAGCGGAGGUUGGAGAAGACGCCCGACGAGAUCAGGCAAACAAACGUGCUGCUACGAACGAUAUCCGACCUUCAAAACUCGAUAAACUGCGGGUUGGUUGAGGUCGAAAUCCUUGGGGAGUCGGGCCAGGUCACGCUCGCGUUGGACGAGUAUGUGCGCGUGCGCCAGAACCAAGCGGCCAAGGCCGAGAGGGAAAAGGAGCUCCGCGCACUUGCCGACACGGGCGGGCCUUCAGGCCAUCAGAAGCUACAGGUGUGCGACGUCUGCGGCGCAUACCUGUCGCGCCUCGAUAACGACCGACGACUGGCGGACCACUUCUACGGCAAGAUGCACCUCGGGUAUGCUCAGAUGCGGAAGACGUACGACGCCUUCCCCAAGGAGCUGCGUUCGAGGGGAGGAGGCGGCGGCAGGAUGCCGUUGGAUGACCACAGCCAAUCAGGGCCUGGAGGCUAUGACGAUGGCUGGAAGGGCCCCAGAGGGCCACGGGCAGGCGGCUAUGGCGGCGGCGGCGGUGGGGGCCGUGGUGGUCGUGGGCGGAGGUGGUGA